AUGUCCAAUAUACAUAUCUUAAGAGAUACCAAGAAUAGAAAGGUUCUGGAGGGGCCAGGUCAUUGGCUUGAUAGCAUCUGUGAAUCAGAACUUGAGAAAGCAUUACGCAGUAAUAUCAAAACUGUUUCUGAUAUUGCUAAUGAAUAUAAAGAUCUCCAGGAUGUAUAUUUAAAACAAAAAGAGGAUCUUGUGCUAGUUAAGUGUAUUCAAAAUGAUCUAGAUCACUUGCAUGAAAAAAAUAAUCACCCAUUAUCUAAUGAUUCAAAAAUGGGUGGUAAUGCAGUAGAAGAGAUCUCUUUAAAACCAGAUCCAUCAUCUAAUGAUUCAAGAACAGGUGGCAAUGCUAUAGAAGAGGUAUUCAGUUUCUCUAAAACCCCCUUUUUGUCUUCACACCACUUAGGGCUUGAGCCUGAUGAAAGUAAA